AUGACUAGUUUAAGGACUCUUUGUCGAGCACUGUCUUAUGCUUUCAAAAAUACUUUUAAAAAUAUCCGUCGCUCAAUUUAUGAGGGUUUGCUAUUAAGUUUCUAUUCCCAGCUAAGAGUGGAGGAUUAUCAAAUCGUUGCUUCCGAAGCUAAGAAAUAUCUCAAACCCUCACUCUCCUCCGCCCAGCCACGCCCUUUAGGGGCAGAGUCAGUACCAGUGGAAGGUUUUUGGGUACCAACAGGAUCAGAAGUUCCAAUAGUACCGGCAGAUUACAUCAUUACUGCUAGCAUACGUAAUAACCUCAAGAAUCUAGCCAGGAUAGUAUCUGGGAG